CCUGGUACUACUAGUAAUUCCCAUCUCAUGUGAAAAUCUCCUUGGCAUGAAGGAUCGGGCAUGGUCUAGCGAAAAUGGCCAACUUCGCGUGGUGAUGGGCGAGACUGAGCAAGACCAAAUACGUCAACUCUUCAUGAACAACUACCUGAGCGAUGUUGUCCUGCUCUUCCCAGCGUUAGACAGCUCAGAGCCUUCAAGCCACGAUCUCUAUGACGGCACGGCGUGUACAACAAGUCUCCCAGCUCACCGCCUCCUUCUUUCGCUUCGAUCAGGCGCAUUUCGGACAGCAUUCCGAGAGAGCUCAACAAGCUACACAAGCACGGUUCUUGGUGAUAAGAGGCUCCGACUUCCGCUGAAAAUGGUGAUCCAGGACACUCCGUACCUCGUCUUCAAGGAACUGCUUCGAUACAUUUACACAGGGACGCUCGAGCCUCCGGUUUCCUCCACUCACACACCCAAAGCACUGUGCUCGUUCUGGCUUGAGUUGGUCAAGGCCGCCACGCGGUACGAUGUUCCGGCACUUUGCGUACUAUGCAUCGAAGAAAUCGAAUCAUUGCUCGAUCGGUGCCAGAGCCAGGUCAUCGACAUUAUUUACUUGCUCGACAGCAACUUUCAGUCGGCGCUAAGCGAUGCUGUCGUCGUGGCCAAACAUCGUCUUAUGGCCCUCUGCAUGUCAACAAUCAUGGCGAUGCCCGACGCGGAAAUGCAAGCACAAAUGAAGUCAAAUCGUUGCUCGACGGACCGCCUGCUGAAAAUCUACCGCGAACGGACGAGCGCGCCGUUGGUACUGGCAGUGCAGCAUCAAAACUUUCGUGUCGUCGACGCUCUUCUCGAUGAACCGACUGGGCCCCUGGCACUACAACAAACAGACGACAACGGCAUCCUCCCCCUCGUCGCUGCGUUGGAGUCCGCCAACGACUCAAUUAUUCGACGCGUGCUUGUCCCUGCAGCAUUGUCAUGGGUGACUCUGACCAACUCCGUGAGCGUGUGGUUCCUCCUGGCGUGUGCCAGCGGCAACCUGUUGCAUUGCCAGAUCUUGGCGGAUGUCCAUCAUGCCGAUGUAAACGACAUCUCGGCCGUCUCGACCGAUGAAUUUGGCAGAGGCCAGACUCCACUCCAUAUCGCGAGUCGAUAUGGCCACGUCGAAAUCGUCAAGUACCUGCUGUCACUGCAUGCAGUGCCAAAUUUUCAAGAUCACGACGGCAACACCCCACUGCAUUACGCGAGCAACGAGCCCGUCGCUGAAGUAUUCUUGACGCACAAUGGCAAGUGCAACCCCAACAUUCCCAACAACCGCGGGCAAGUACCGCUUCACCUCGCUGCCAUGAGAGGGGAUAUCGGAGUCGUGAGCUUGUUGGUGCACCACGGCGCGGACAUGGCAGCUGUAGACGAAGAGGGUCAAACUGCGUUCCACGUUGCCGCUGCCAACGGGUAUGCGUCGGUGGUACUGGUUCUGUUGAAGAUGAUCGAAGAUCAAGCAAUGAAGGUUACGUCGUGUUCCUCCACGACGGAACCUAUUCAAUCUGACGGAGCCACAAUCGAGGCGGAACCAAAGUUCAACAUUAAUGCGGAAGACUACAAGAAUAACACGGCACUUCAUUUGGCUGCCAUGGCGCCGCCCACGCGAGUCGAAAAGAUUCUCCAAGUCCUGUUGGAAAAUGGCGCUGAUCCCAACCGGACAAACUGGUUUGGAUACACUCCAUUGCAUUUGUUCUGCGCUCACCAGGAAGGACCGCCGUCGGUCGUCGCCAUGUUUAUCGAGCACGGAACGAACAUUCAAGUUCAAAGUCUCGACGGCAGCACUCCAUUGCAUUUGUCGGUCGGAAAGGCCAGCGAAGCUGUCUCCGUCGCGUUGGUGCGUGCCGGAGCUCCCGUGCAUGUCCAAGAUGUUGCAGGUCGUAGUGUCGUGAAUCUGGCUGAGACGACGUCGCAGGGCAUCAUGGUGGUCCCACUUCUUCUCAACGUCAACACGCCGCCCCCAUGGGUCGCGGACGAUUCCGUGCUCGAGUGCUUGAACUGCGGGGAAAGCUUUGGAAUGGCCACGAGAAAACAUCAUUGCCGACAUUGUGGACGCAUCGUGUGUGGGAAGUGCUCGACAAAUCGCAUCCCGCUCCCCAAGUUUGACCAGCAGCCUGCUUCCCGCGUGUGUGACAUUUGCUUUGAUGUCCUCUCGUUUCGGAAACUCAUGUAAUACAACAACUGUCGCUCAGGCACGUGUACAUGAUGUGACGAGCAGCAAAAUUUGC